CGACCAGUGGGUGGAAACAGGUGGCCGAGGGGAGACGACUCGGUUGUGCGUUCUCCGCGUCGCCACUCUCAUUACUCUUGGUGCCGCCGCGAGUAGAAGGGCAAGGAUCAUCUCGUUGUAAUACGGAUGAGCACCUUACAAUUAGAAAGACAGGCCGCCGCCGUCUGCACGCGAGCUAGGCCUUCGCUCUCUGCCUAAUUAACCCUUUUCCUCUCUCUCUCUCUGCCGCGAUUAUUUCUGCAAAUCGCUUCCGAACAUGUGGCUGAUGAGGACGAGCUUGGGACAUUAUUGCCUGCUCGGCCUGGGCUUCGUGGUGGCCGUUCUGGGCGUCUUCUCCAUUCAAUGGACACCUGACCUUUUUGAUUACAUUCUUCGCACUGAGUUGCACCUGUCGGAGAGCUCGCAGAGUUAUCAGGUAUGGAAGGACACGCCGGUGCCAAUGUACAUCCAGUUCUACUUCUUCAACUGGACCAACCCUGAGCAGCUCGAGGACAAAAGCACCAAGCCGACCUUCAAUCAAAUGGGACCUUACAGAUUCAACGAGUUCCACGAAAAAGUGAACGUCACAUUCCAUGAGAACAACACUGUUUCCUUCAAGCAAGUGCGUCGCUGGGUGUUCGACCCUGACCACUCGAACGGCACCCUUGAGGACCAAGUCACCACUCUCAACCUCCCUCCUCUGACUGCGGCGUUUGUGGCGCGCGACUGGAGCGUCUUCAUGCAGACGCCGCUGUCGGUGGUCAUCAGCCAGAUGGAGACGCGCCACGUGACCAAAAAGGUCCGCGAGUACCUUUUCGAAGGGUACGAAGACCCUCUGAUUUCGCUCGCAGACACGCUGCCCGCCCUCGCACAAAUCGACAUUCCAUUCGACCGAUUCGGCUGGUUUUACAAAAGAAAUAAUUCUGAUGAGUACGACGGUUUCUUCAAUAUGGACACGGGAGCGGACGAUUUAAACAAAGUGGGUCGUCUGAGAAACUGGAAUUAUGUCAACAGAACAAACUAUUUCCCUUCCACUUGCGGAAUGGUUAAUGGCUCGGCAGGUGAACUUUGGCCUCCAGGGCAGACCAAGACCAACAUUUCCAUGUUUUCGCCUGACCUUUGCAGGUCACUCACCUUUGGCUACACAGAGGACGUUGACGUUCACGGCGUGUCCGGCUAUCGCUACUCGGGCGGUCGCAACAUCGUGGACAACGGGACGGUGGACGCGGACAACUGGUGCUUUUGCAACGGCGACUGCCUGCCCAUCGGGGUGGUGAACGCGUCCAGCUGCCGCUACGGCGCCCCAGCCUUCGUUUCCUACCCGCACUACCUGAUGGCCGACCCUUUCUACACGUCCCUCAUCAACGGCAUGAGUCCUGAAAAGGAGAAGCACCAGUUCUACGUCGUUCUGGAGCCGACAACUGGAAUUCCUCUGGAUGUUGCUGCCAGGUUCCAAAUCAACAUCCUCCUUCAACCUAGUCAGUAUAUAAGCAUGUACAAGCGGGUGCCGAGAGUUUUCUUCCCAAUCAUCUGGUUCGAGCAGAGGGCGACGAUGACCCCAGAAAUGGCGUCGUCGCUGCUGGCCUUGUUGGCCCUGCCGAGCAAUGGUGCCAUCGUGGGAAUGGUCAUGGCUGUGGUCGGAGUUGCCGCCGUCGUAGUGGCCAUUUCUUGCCUCAUUCGUCUGAAAGUGGCCAAAGCGUCCGAGAAAAGGUGCAAAAACAUCCAACUGAACACGUCCGAGUCGGGCUACCCGCUCAUGAAGAAGACUGGCAACGGCCAAGACCGAAAAGUGGCCAAGGAAGAGACGGCAUGACAUGCGGCCAAUGGUGGCCGCACUGGCCGCCCGUCCAGCAGGGCAAUCGUCUAUUGCUCCAAUGUGUGAAUCGUGUCUGCGCCACUCUUGAGCUGGAAUUGGCCACCAUUGCUGUCUGUUUUGUCAAGUGACUGUAUCUUCGUGUGAACCAAAAUCUCGUUUAGGAUGCUUAUUUAUAAUUUAAAUAUGAAAUCAUUUUUGGAACAAAAAUUUCAUGUGAUAAAAAAGGAGCGCGCGGCGAAUAAUUUUGAUGCAGAGACUGAUAGGGCAUUAUUGAAGUGAUCGUGUGUUUCUAUUGAGAUUUUCCUAUACAUUAUAUAAAAUAUGAUAUUUACUUCAGUUUUAAUGUCAUUUGUUGUCCCAAAAAUUUUACUCUGGUUUUUAAAGUGACGGCAAAGUGCUCUAUUCCAAUUAUAUUUGUAAUUUAGAAAAAUUAAUAAAAUUAUAAUUUCUGUAUGUAAAAAUUAAUA